ACCUGACAUUACCAGGUCCACCAAGAACUGAUUAUCGUCACUUUAGUUCCAGAGCUUAUUUCACAUACACACCUCAUGAAACACAAUUCCAACAAGGUUACCUUGGCAUCCAGCCUUCAAAAAUAAAAGGUACCUUUCAUUUGAGAUAUCCGACUUCUCAACCUUUACUAGUAGAAAGAAUCGAGAUUACCUUUAAGGGAAAAGGAAGUGUAAAAUGGAAACAAGGCAAAAGAGAAUAUCGUCGAGUUAACAAGUUCUUCCGUCUCACCAAGGAGAUCUGGUCGUCGUUAGCAAGAGGUUACUUUGAACCCAUCACCAGUUUGGAUUUGCCAUUUGAUUUCAUUAUACCUGAUGUUUCUCCUUCAACGAUAACCCAGAUUGAUAAUGGUUCCAUUAAUUAUUCCAUAAAAGCAAAGAUAUAUCGUAAAUCUAAUUUCAUAGUAAAGAACUCUAGUAAGGUAAUUGAGGUGUGGGUGAACAUAAAUCGUUGGAAUUUUCCUCCAACACCCGAUUACGAGAUAUCACCUAUUGUCAAAAGAUUUGAGAUGUUCGAGUGUCAAAUGAUAUUGGAUCGGACGGUGUUUGGUGCCAACGACGUAAUCAAUGUUUCAAUUAGAUUCAUCUUGUUUGAUAUGAGAGUUAACGUGAAGAAAGUGUUAAUCAAGCUAAAGCAAUAUCACCGACUAAAAAGUAGUCUUGAUUCGAAACUCACCAAAAGAUAUGUGGCGGGGGAUGAGGUUAGUGGUGAUCAAAUACUGAUGAGUUCGGAUUUGUUGAAUGAAUUCUUGGUGGAAAGGAAAUUGAACUUGCGUGAAGGGCAUGAUAGAUCUCGCGAUUUGAGAUGUAGUUGUAAUACUGUAUUGAUGGAUAUUUGGCAUAAGGUCAAGGUCAAGGUAUACAUGGGCAACACGGAAACGUCGUACGUUGGUUUUGAGAAAGAUGUGAAGAUUUGCAACGUGGCUCCGGUGAACUCAUUUAUCAUUGGUCUGGAGGAGAGGACAGUCACCAGGUCAACCAUUCAGUCCUCUCUCGAUACUAAUGAAC